AUGGAGGACGAAUCUACUCAGUUGGUCAGGAUGCAAGAGUCCAUCAUCGGCAAGAGCUACUCUCCAGACAUCCCUUCGAAACGACUACGGCGAAAACAAGCUAGUGUUUGGGAACGACGAAUUCCAAUUUUCGCCAUUGUCCUAUCCUUCGCCCUGAGCUGCGUACCAGCGGCACUAGACUGGUCACAUACCACCUUCUCCAGCGAGUCCAGCCUGUACAAAUUCAGCACGCAGAGCCGAGCAUCUGUUCAGGUAGUGGUCACAAUCCUUUCGUCCAUUUUCGCAUUUUUCUGGACUUGGUCUCUCGGGAGCACCUGCGAUCUAUUGCUGCGCUCCUCACUUACCGACCGUGCCCUGUCGAUUGAUCAACUGCGCCUCUGCAGCGCCGUGUCCACGAGAUCGAUCAAUACCUAUCUCUCCCUCCGGUUCCUCUCGAUCCCCAUCCUCCUCAGCGCGAUAUAUCUCCUCCCUGCUUGGCUCUGGACCGGUGCCAUCACACCACAAGUUGUCAUUACAGGACUUGAGAAUGCCUAUGUGCGAAUUCCACAAUUUGGCGAGGGCUCUUAUCCUUUCCUCGGCGACUACGACCUCAAAGGAGCCAUCAAUCAAGGCUGCGUACAAAUUUCGAAGUCCAACGGCAGCUUUUCGAAUUGUCCGGCACGAAGGCAGGCUGGUUCUAUUUUACAAUCAAUAGGUACCGCUAGCACAGCUCCUGGGGUACCACGCAACCACUCGAAGCUGGACAAUUCGGGCUACCAAUACUUGGACCGUUCGUACGGCGUGGGAGCCUCCGUUGGCCUGCAGGCACCUCCGGGCACGGCUGGGGCAACGAUAAGUUACAACUACACCGAGAUGGGAUAUCUCACAUCAGCCAAGUGCAUAUACAACGCAUCAGCCGACUUCAACUUAUCGGAAAACGUCACCUUUGGGAUUCCGGGCAUUCCAGACUGGUUCUGGCAACAAGGACGACGACCCAACGACCGAUGGGAUCAGCCACCACCAGGCGCCGCUGCUCAUGCCGGGUUCGAGUCAGAGCCCGUCGACAUUGUCGGCUGGAGCGCAGGUAGUUGUUGUGGAUUCACCAACGGAACCGGGCCAUUCUAUAUAUCCAUGGCGGCUGGCAGCGAUUACGCAUUCCUCAACACUACACAAUGCGAGCUUUUCUUCGAACCGGCCAUCUUCGACGUGGCAGUCUCCAUAGCCAACAGGACGAUCCAUGUCACUCAAGUCCUACCGAACGAGAGCUUUUUCGCUCCAGAAGACCCCAACCCGGCCGGAUACCUCCGCGAAUGGACCCUACGCGCACUUUCGUCGCUGGCGUUGAUCGAAACAACGCUGUACGUGUCCUCCAUCGGUGAGAACUUCAUCAACAACGCUCAGACGAAACUCAAUCAACCGGACUUCAACGCUUCACAACCUAACAACGACGCCGUUCUCCCUGCCAUCGAGGACUCCCUCGUCGCUGCCCUCGACGACAUUCUUGAGGCGCUUGCCGGGUUCGCGUUCGUCAACGACAGCAGCACUUGGUCCGGCGCGGUGAGUGGUGAGGUCCCGCGGGUGCGUGUUGGCGAGACGCAGUUCAUCAUAGCGCUUUUCGUCACCAAUGUGCUUGUCUUGGUGGGCGUGUGUGGAAUGGCCGUUCACACUCGCGGGUAUGCAAAUACGCCAGCGUUCAACUUCAUGGAUAUCGGGGCUUUGGUGGUGGGGAUGGACAACGGGCGGCAGUUGGCGAAUGAGGAGACAGCGGCAAUAUCACCUUCUGAGCCGCGUUGGGAUGGUGACCCAAGUGAUCCUCUGCUAGAUCACUUCGCCGUAGAAAUACGGUCAAAGUUAGGCGUAGAUGAGGCGCCGUCGGUUCGACUGCAGUCUCGGAUUGCAAGAUGA